AAUAUCGAUUAACAAGCUAAGGACUUAUUAUGGAAAUGAUUUCCCAAAAGCACUUCAAAAGAAUUUUAGGCACAAACAUUCAGGAGAGAGCCAUGGAGACACUACUACUGACUCUGCUUGGACUGCAGACAGUGAUGGGAGCAGGACACUGGUGUGAACACACAGUGGAGGAGAGAGUGGAGCGAGUCCUGUCUCCACGUCUGCAGCUUGAAGUGAGCUGUUCCGAGGUGUAUCAGUACAACACCCAGGGCUGGAGGCUCGACGUAGACAGGAUGCGUGUCAAGCACGGGGGUGACGAUGGCAUCGCACUGUACUACAAACAACAGGGUCCCAAGGCGUCCUGUUUCUUGUACAAGCCCCCAGAGAUGGAGAACCAGCUGGUGAACAAGACAGUGAGGACGUGCUGUGAGGGCUGGGGUGGACCACGCUGCGCUGAGGGUGUGGGCGUGCGUGGCCAGUGUUACUCCACAUGGAGUUGUGAGGAGUUCCCUGGGGUUCAUAACUCCUCUCUCAUGCCCAUGGAGCAGUGCUGCAGCAGCCUGUGGGGGCUGAGCUGGAGGAACGCAUCUGACCAGACCUGCUUGUCUUGCACCUACACUCUUCUUCCUGACUCCCAGUCCUCCCCUCUGGUGCGUGGUGGUCUCCUGGGUAGCGUCAGGGUGCCUCAGAGCUCGGCCACCUGCAUGUCCUGGGGCGGAGCUCACUACCGCACUUUUGACAGGAAGCACUUCCAUUUCCAGGGCAGCUGCACUUACCUGCUGGCGUCAUCUACUGACGGCACCUGGGCAGUCUACAUCAGCACAGUGUGUGAUGCGAGAGGAGACUGCAGUAAGGCUCUGAAGAUGAUGCUGGGUCUGGAUUUGGUUUCAAUUCAUCACAAGAACUUAACGCUGAACAACCUCACCGUUCCAAAUGGAGAACCGCUCUUCCAAAAUGGAGUGAGUGUUCAUUGGCUGGGAGACUUUGUGUUCGUGGAGAGCGGCCUGGGGGUGAGGGUGAAGUUUGACCUGACGAACACCGUCUACCUGACAGUGACCGCUGAGCACCUGGCAGCCACCAGGGGGCUCUGUGGAGUCUACAACAACAAUGCUGACGAUGAUUUCACCACAAUGGGUGGAACUGUGUCCCAGUACGCCGCCAGCUUCGGCAACUCCUGGAAAGUUCCUGACCAGCAGAAUGAAGGCUGCAGCGACGCAGCUGAGCUCGGUCACAGCUGUGAUGUAUCAGGAGACCCUGCCCUACGCAGGCAAGCAGAGUCAGCGUGUCACCGACUGCUGGAAAACCCCUUCACACACUGCCACCUCCGGUUGGACCCAGCAGCGUACGUAGACACCUGUCUCUACCUGUACUGUAGCCUACCACCCAAAGAGAGAGAUUCAGCAGUGUGUGACACGCUGGCCAGCUACGCCCGAGAGUGUGCCCAGCAACAUGUCGUCAUACUGUGGAGGACAGCCACCCUAUGUGGCCGUGUCUGUCCCAGAGGUCAGGUGUUCUCAGACUGCGUGUCCUCCUGUCCCCCCAGCUGUGCGUCUCCCCAGCCCCCUGGUCUUGCUGCAACCAUGGGCCAGUGUAGGGAGGAGUGUGUGGGGGGCUGUGAGUGUCCGCCAGGCCUCUACCUUCACCAGGGACUCUGUCUGAAAAGAGAUGAUUGUCCUUGUUUUCACCGCAGGCGCACCUAUCAGUCAGGGGACAGGAUACAGCAGAGAUGCAACACAUGUGUGUGCAGAGCAGGCCAGUGGCAGUGUACUGGGGAGAAGUGCGCAGCCCAGUGCAGCCUGAUGGGGGCGCUACAGGUGACAACCUUUGACAAAAAGAGGUAUUCACUACAAGGAGGAGACUGUCCCUUCACUGCUGUGGAGGACUUUGUCGACAGGAAGCUGGUGGUGAGUGUGCGCUGUGGGGAAUGUACAGCAGGAGGAGGAGGAGGUUGUCUAAGGGAGAUGUCAGUCACAGCUCUCCGCACCACAGUCAUCAUCACAGACACUGGUACAGUGACACUGAAUGGCCUGAGGGAGCCGUUGCCUGUGGUGACGGGGGACCUGGUCGUGCGCAGGGCCUCGUCUUCAUUUCUCCUCAUCCAGACUUUUGGAGCCCAGCUGCUCUGGCACCUUGACGGACCUUUGGCUCUCAUCACCCUGCAGCCCGGCUUCGCAAAUAAGGUGCGCGGCCUUUGUGGAACUCUGACCUGGAACCAGCAUGAUGACUUUACCACCCCAGACGGAGAUGUGGAGAACAGUGUGUCAUUGUUUGCAAGCAAAUUCACAACAGAGCACUGUACUAUCCCUAAAGGAGCUCCACCCGACCCCUGCACCACGUACACCCAGAGGAGACAGUACGCAGAGACAGUGUGCUCUGUCAUACACAGCCCCAUCUUUCAGGGGUGUCAUGACGUGGUGGAGAGGGAGCCCUAUUUCCGUCUCUGUCUGUCAGAGGUUUGUGGCUGUGCUCCACAGAGGGCCUGUCACUGCACCAUCCUCACUGCCUACGCCCGACACUGCGCUCAGGAGGGUGCUGCUGUCCACUGGCGCAAUCACACCUUCUGCCCGGUCCAGUGUUCAGGGGGUCAGGUGUACCAGGAAUGUGGUCGUGCCUGUGGCAGCUCCUGUUCAGACAGUAGCAGCUGCGAUGACAGUGGUGAUGUAAUGGGUCUUAGGAUGUGUGUUCCAGGUUGCCAGUGCCCUCCAGGACUAGUGCAGGACCACCAGGGCCAGUGUGUGCCUGUCACUAUGUGCCCUUGUGUGCAAGGAGACAAGACGUACAAGCCCGGGACUGUUAUUCAGAACAACUGUAAUACCUGUGUGUGUGAGCGGGGGCUGUUUAACUGCACUCAGGAACACUGUGAGGAGGUCAACCAGUGUCCAGGCUCUUUGGUCUACUCUCCACGCUCCUGCCUCCUCACCUGCUCCAGCCUGGACCCUCCUGGCCAACAGCAGGGGUCCAGUGUCGCCCAGUCGAGCUGCAGGGAGCCCCUGUCUGGCUGUGUCUGUCCCCAGGGAACUGUGCUACUAGAUGAUCGCUGUGUUCUGCCAGAGGAGUGCCCAUGUCACCACAAUGGUCGACUUUACUACGGCAACGACACCAUCACCAAAGACUGCAACACAUGCGUGUGUAAGGAGCGCCACUGGCACUGCACCCAGUCCGCCUGUGCCGGUGUAUGUGUGGCCACCGGUGACCCACACUAUGUGACAUUCGACGGCCGCUGCUACUCCUUCCUGGGAGACUGCCAAUAUGUGCUGGCGAGGGAGACCGGGGGUUUAUUCAGUGUAACUGCGGAGAAUGUGCCGUGCGGGAGCACCGGGGUCACCUGUACAAAGUCGGUCACCCUCAGCCUGGGAAAUACUGUCAUACAUCUGCUGAGAGGUAAAGCUGUGACAGUAAAUGGGAUGCCAGUUAGUCUACCAAAGUCUUACAGUGGCAGCGGUCUGACUUUGGAAAGAGCUGGCCUGUUUGUCUCCCUUUCAUCUCGACUGGGGGUCACUCUGCUAUGGGACGGAGGUAUGCGUGUGUAUGUGCGUCUGGCGGCCCACUUGCGUGGACGGGUCGGGGGCCUGUGUGGUAAUUUUGAUGGGGACACAGAGAAUGACUUUACAACACGGCAGGGCAUUGUGGAGUCUACGGCUGAGCUGUUUGGGAAUUCCUGGAAGGUCAGCCCUUCCUGUCCUGAUGUGGCAGACCAGGACCUCCGAGACCCCUGUGCUCUGAACCCCCACAGGAUGACUUGGGCCAGGAAGAAGUGCGCAGUUCUGACUCACGAGCUCUUCUCUCGCUGCCACCCUGAGGUGCCCUUCCAGCAGUACUAUGACUGGUGUGUCUUUGAUGCUUGUGGCUGUGACUCAGGUGGGGACUGUGAAUGUCUCUGUACAGCCAUUGCUGCCUAUGCUGAAGAGUGUAACCGCAGAGGGGUCUACAUCCGCUGGAGGUCCCAGGAGCUCUGUCCCCUGCAGUGUGAGAACGGGCUGGUGUAUGAUCCCUGUGGUCCAGCUUGCUCUUCCUCGUGUCCCAGUGUUCAGCAGAGUCAACACUCCCAGUGUGGCGUUCUCUCCUGUGUGGAGGGCUGCUUCUGCCCUGCCGGCACGGUCCGACACGGGGACAGCUGUGUAGCUCCCAUUCAGUGUCCAUGUGAGUGGGAGGGCUCCAUGUUCCCACCUGGAACUACCAUCACUAAACACUGCCAGAACUGUUCCUGUGAAGAUGGUUUGUGGCAGUGUGAGGGUGUGGCUUGCCCUCCUGCCCCGCCUCCCUGUCUGGAAUCAGAGUUCACCUGUGCUGGGGGGCGCUGCAUCCCCUCCCAGUGGGUGUGUGACAAUGAGGAUGACUGUGGCGAUGGUUCAGAUGAGAUCUGCCCAUCCACCUGCUCUCCAGACCAGUUCCGCUGUACCAGCACACCAAGUGGCCCAUGUUUGAACCUGGCUCUGCAAUGUGAUGGCCACCCAGACUGUGCUGACCAAUCAGAUGAGGAGUUCUGUGGACCUGCCACCCCCACGCCUCUGUGCCCAGCGGGGGAGUUUCAGUGUGCCAAUGGAAAGUGUCUUCCAGCUAGCCAUGUGUGUGACGGACGGCUGGACUGUGGUUUUGCCGAUGGGUCUGAUGAGCAAGACUGUGGUGUGGUGUGUGAUGAGGGGGAGUUCCUGUGUGCUGGAGGACGUUGCAUUCUCUACCUCCACCGCUGUGACGGACAUGAUGACUGUGGGGACCUCAGUGAUGAGCGGGGGUGUGUGUGCGCACCAGGGGAGUUUCAGUGCCCUGGGGACCAGUGUGUCCCUGCAGACAGAGUGUGUGAUGGACACAGAGACUGCCCCUCUGGAACAGACGAAGCUGUCUGUCCAAGUAAAGUGACCUGUGCUCCUGACCAGUUUGCCUGUAGUGACGGCGCAUGUAUUGUCACUGCUAAGUUGUGUGAUGGAGCGACAGACUGUCCAGGUGGAGAGGACGAGAACAGAACCAGCUGCUAUGCUUUUAUCACAACGCCAUCACCUGUCUCCCCAGGUACGCCUGCUUUAGGUAAUGCCAGUGGUGAUUUAGAGAUAUUUCUUUCAGUGUUCAGUGUUUUUCUGUACACUCUUGUUUCUCCAGCGUGUAGGUCCUACGAGUUCAGCUGUGCCACAGGUGGGCAGUGUGUGCCCCAGGCAUGGCGCUGCGAUGGGGAAACAGACUGUAUGGAUGGCAGUGAUGAGCAGCACUGUGCCGCCCCCUGUGGCCCCGGUCAGGUUCCCUGCCUCAGUGGGGACCAGUGUGUGGACUACCAGCAGCUCUGUGAUGGGACCCCACACUGCAGGGAUGCCUCAGACGAGAGCAUUGACAACUGUGGUUCCACUCGGAUUCCUCCUUGUCCAGGCAGCUUCCUGUGUGACAACCGCACUUGUGUGAACAUGUCGCAAGUGUGCAACGGCGUUCCAGACUGUCCACGGGGUGAAGAUGAGUUGGUGUGUGAUAAAACUGUGUCACCGGUGCCUCCUGGAAGUAAGAACACCACCGUCACCUGCCCUGAAUUCACCUGUAUGGAUGGAUCCUGCGUCCCCUUUAACAGGGUGUGUAAUGGAGUGGCAGACUGCCCAGACUCCUCACUAGCACCACUUGGAGGUCCCACUGAUGAGCAGGGUUGUAGAAGCUGGAGCUCCUGGGGUCCGUGGAGCCCCUGCAGCACCUCCUGUGGUACAGGCUUGAUGAGCCGGCAGAGAACCUGCCCUCCAGGAGAUCCACUGCACCAGUGUCGGGGGCAGGACCUCCAGAGGCAGCAAUGCUUCAACACCACCUGCCCUGUGGACGGUCAGUGGCUGCCAUGGGUGAGCUGGUCGAACUGUUCCAGCAGUUGUGGUGGAGUGCAGGUCAGACACAGAGGCUGCAUCCCUCCUCGCUAUGGAGGGCGAGACUGUUCCCAGCUCCCUGGACCAUCCAACCUACCCAUGGAAAUUAAGCCUUGUCCGGACGAUGGAUGUGCCAACACCAGCUGUCCCACUGGGCUGGUGAGACACAGCUGUGCUCCCUGCCCAGUGUCCUGUGCCCACAUCAGCAGUGGGACGACCUGUGAUCCAGUAACACCCUGCUCCUCAGGUUGUUGGUGUCCCGAGGGCCAGGUGAUGAGCCAUACGCAACAGUGUGUGUUACCAGAGGAGUGUGUGUGUGAGGUGGCAGGUGUGCGCUACUGGCCGGGCCAGCAGAUGAAGGUGGACUGUGAGAUCUGUAUUUGUGAGAGAGGAAGGCCUCAGAGGUGCCAGCCUAACCCAGACUGCUCAGUGCACUGUGGCUGGUCGUCAUGGUCUGAGUGGGGAGAGUGUUUGGGGCCCUGUGGUGUUCAGAGUGUCCAGUGGUCGUUCCGCAGCCCAAACAACCCGACCAAGCAUGGAGACGGGAGAACGUGUAGAGGGAUUUACAGGAAAGCUCGCCGGUGCCAGACAGACCCCUGUGAUGAGUGUGAGUACCAGGGUCAGUCCCAUGCUGUGGGGGACAGAUGGAGGUCAGACCACUGCCAGUUAUGUCACUGUCUGCCCAACCUCACAGUGCAGUGUUCCCCCUACUGUCCAUACACUGUCAGUGGAUGUCCACAGGGCCAAAGCCUGGUGCCUGGAGAGGGAGACAGGUGCUGCUACUGCCGAGAAGGAAAUGACACCAUACUUGUGACAAUCAGCCCUGUCACUGUGACCUCCAAGCCAGCAGGGGGCACUACACCUGUGGUUCCCACGUAUCCACUUCCUCCUGGAGAUGAGUGUUGGUCUCCUCUGGGUGUUCAGACUCUCCCAGCCUCAAGUUUCAGUGCCUCGUCACAGCAGACUGGUCACCCCCCAGAGGCAGGUCGCCUCCAUUGGUGGGACCCCCACAGUGACCUCCAGGGCUGGAGCCCAGAACCUGAGGAGUAUAAGGAUCUACCACAGCGGAGCCCUGAGGGACGCAGUAGCAACACACAAAGCCCGUACAUACAGAUAGACCUGCUGAAUCGAUACAACAUCACUGGUGUGUUGACCCAGGGUGGUGGUGUGUUUGGCACAUUCGUGUCCAGCUUCUACCUCCAGUUCAGCCAGGAUGGCAGACAGUGGUACACUUACAAGGAGCUUGUUACUGAUGCCCGGCCCAGAGCCAAGGUUUUCUAUGGUAACCAUGAUGAUAGAGGGGUGGCAGAGAGCAGACUGGACAGGAUGGUGUCAGCCCAGUUUGUCCGUCUACUCCCACACGACUUCCAGAAUGGCAUCUACCUGCGGCUCGAGAUCAUGGGCUGUGGAGAUGGUGACCACUGGUUGACGACCCCCACUCCUCCCUCCCAAGUCUCCCCACCAGGUGGCUGCAGAGAGAAGGAGUUCCAGUGUAAAAACGGGCACUGUGUGCCUGCUGGUCCACUGGGAGUUGUCUGUGAUGGAGUCAAUGACUGUGGGGAUGGAUCAGAUGAGAUGUACUGUGGUACGCAGCCGUCCCCUACAACCAUCAGCCCACGCAGCUGCCCUGCUGGUCAGUUCUCCUGCCCCCCACCAGGGGGCUGCAUCGAGGUAUGGCAGCGCUGUGACGGGAUCCCCCACUGUCCCAAAGGAGAGGAUGAAACUGGCUGCCAUUCCCACGAAAACAUCACUACCCAGUCCGACAGGCCGUACACACCGACCCCUGCUCCUCUCAGGACUCCAUCCAAGGCAGCUGUCACUCAUCCUGCAGUAACACCUACGGAUAGGGGCCCAGGAUAUCGUGGCAUCUGCUCCUCUCCUCUUGGACUGGAGGAUGGGAGGAUUCGAUACGGUCAGCUGACGUCAUCCUCACAUCGGGAGAACAACCCCGCUGAUGCUGGACGACUAAACAUCGUCCCGAACGUUCAGGUUAUGGAGCCUGGAUGGAGCCCUGUACCUUCAGAUCCCCAGCCAUAUCUUCAGGUGGACUUCCUGGAGCCCACAUGGGUGUCAGGCGUGGUGACCCAGGGCAGUGAGCGCAUGUGGGGUUACCUCACUAAAUACCGCCUUGCCUUCGCCCUGCACAGCAGCCUCUUCACAGACUAUACAGAGGAUGGGAAGCCAGGUGGCCCUGCCAAGGUGUUUGAGGUGCGGAUGGUGGGCAGGACUCCUGUGACCCGCUGGCUCGGCCGGCUGGUCAGAGCUCGUUACCUGCGCAUUAUCCCUGUGGAGUUCAGACACACCUUUUACCUGCGUGCUGAGAUCCUCGGCUGCAGAGGAGAUGAGCUGGUAACACCCAGCAGUGUGACCACAUCUCCCUCUGGUGGUGGGAGAGUGACUGUGCAGCGUUGUAAGCCGGGUCAGUUUGCAUGCCAGCACAGUGAGGAGUGUGUCUCUGUGUCCGUGCUCUGUGACGGUCGACCAGACUGUAAGGACCACUCCGACGAGAUCAAUUGUGGUACGGCCCCAACCAGAGGCUCUCCAGGGCUGCACAACCAGACCAGCUCCACUGGGGCUCCAGGUUUCCAUGGUGAAAGUACAACCGGUGCCCCAGGCCUCCAUACCACCAGGUCCCAAGGUGGCCUUCCUGGUGUGGCCAGCCCAGGGGUCACAGGUCAGACUGGACUUCAGAAGACGACAGCCGCAAGUGCAGGGGUCACCACAGGUCAGCCUGGACUGCAUCUCACCACCACUCUUGAUGUUGGAAAACCUGGGUUGCAAACUACGGAAGCCCCAUGGGUCGCUACAACCCCCCAUGAUGGUGGUCUACCCAGAGUGCUUUGCGUGGAGGGCCAGUUUGUGUGCCGGUCUUUUGGCUGUGUCGACUCGGCACAGGUGUGUGACGGCAAAGUGGACUGUUUGGACGGUUCAGAUGAAGAACGGUGUGGCACCACAGCCAGACCAGUAGUGACACCACAGCGCCCUCUGGUGCCCAGCCCCUGCUCUCCCAAGCAGUUUUCCUGUGCCAGUGGGGAGUGCGUUCACCUGGACCGCAGGUGUGAUCUACAAAAGGACUGUGUAGAUGGAUCAGAUGAGAAGGACUGUGUGGACUGCAUCAUGUCCCCGUGGACAGCGUGGAGUGCGUGCAGCGUGUCCUGUGGUCUCGGCUCCUUAUUCCGGCAGAGGGACAUACUGAGGGAAGCGCUGCCCGGAGGGGCCUGUGGCGGAGCUCAGUUUGAUAGUCGGGCCUGUUUCCCUCGAGCAUGUCCAGUUGAUGGUCACUGGUCACAGUGGACAGAGUGGUCAGAGUGUGACGCUCAGUGUGGAGGUGGUGUCAGGCAGAGGAGCAGAACCUGCUCUGCUCCUCCUCCCAAGAAUGGCGGGCGGGACUGUCAGGGUAUGACCCUGCAGAGCCAGAGCUGCAACAGCCAGCCGUGCACCAAAGACACCGGCACACAGACAGGCUGUGUCAACAGCAUGGUGCUGGUGACUGAGGCAGACUGCCAGGCUGGGAGGGUGGAGCCAUGUCCUCCGACCUGCUCACAUCUCAGCUCGACCAGCAACUGCAGUGGAGCAUGUAUACUGGGGUGCCGCUGUCCCGAUGGUCUUUACCUUCAGGACGGGCGAUGUGUGAAUGCCAGCCAAUGUGUGUGUCUGUGGGACGGUGAGACGCUGCAGCCAGGACAGACGGUCAGCAGGGACCAGUGCACCACAUGUGUGUGCAAAGAUGGAAAAGUAGCCUGUGACACCUCCCGUUGUGCAGCCACCUGUCACUGGUCAGGCUGGUCGUCAUGGUCACCAUGUGAUGUGACCUGUGGUCUGGGGCUCCAGCAACGCUACAGGUCUCCAGUGAACCCGGCUGGAGCAGUCAGAAUCCAGCCCUGUCCAGGAGACUCCUCAGAGGCCCGCCGCUGCUCCAACCCCUGCCUACCUGUGCUACCAGAUGGAGUCUGGAGUAAAUGGACCGGCUGGUCAGAGUGCAGUAAGACAUGUUUCAACCACGUCGACGAUGUUGGAAUCCGACGACGAUUCCGCAGCUGCAACCACACGCUCGCAGCUUUCAACCAAGCGGACGCAAACUCAGCCUGCGAGGGAGACAGUGAAGAGCAAGAGCCUUGUAACACUGUACGCUGUCCAGUGAAUGGCGGCUGGUCGUUGUGGUCAUCGUGGUCGCAGUGUUCAUCAGAGUGUGACUCCGGCGUCCAAACAAGAGAGCGGUUCUGCAACUCCCCCUCACCACAGCAUGGGGGCAGCAGCUGCCCCGGGCCACACAUACAGACACGAGACUGUAACUCCCACCCUUGCUCAGGUGUGUGUCCAGAGGGCAUGGUGUACAUGACAUCAGCAGAGUGUGAAGCUCACGGCGGUGCGUGUCCGCGGGUGUGUUUGGACAUGACCUCCGCAGAGGUGCAGUGUGCCACCGCCUGUUAUGACGGCUGUUACUGUGCCCUGGGCUUCUACCUGCUCAAUGGCAGCUGUGUGCCUCUGGCAAAGUGCCCGUGUUACCAUCAGGGGGAAACGUACCCAGCCGCGGCCACCCUGCCUGUUGAUGCCUGCAAUAACUGCACCUGCACUAACGGAGAAAUGGUGUGUGGAACAGUUCCGUGCCCUGUGGACUGUGGCUGGAGCAGCUGGACUCAGUGGAGCGCUUGCAGUCGCACGUGUGACGUUGGUGUGAGAAGGCGUUAUCGUUCGGGAACCAAUCCUCCUGCAGCUUUCGGGGGCCGUCCCUGCAAAGGAGACAGAGUUGGGAUUGAUACCUGCAGCAUUGAGCCCUGCUUUGGUACAAAGGAGCCGUGGAGUGCGUGGUCAGGGUGCUCAGUGACAUGUGGAGGAGGUUACAGGACCAGAACUCGCGGGCCCAUCCGGAUCCACGGCACCGCUCAGCAGUUCAGCGCCUGUAACCUGCAGCCCUGUGGAGAUGGCAGGGUGUGUCCUCCAGGCCAGGAGUGGCAGCAGUGUGUGAGGGGAGCAGUGUCAUGCACAGACCUGACCAUGGACCUGAGCAGGAACUGCACACCAGGCUGCCAGUGUCCACACGGGACAGUCCAACAGGAUGGUGCGUGUGUGCGAGAGUCUGAUUGCCGCUGUGAUCUGGACGGAGAACAGUACAAACCUGGAGAUAUUGUGCCCACAGACUGCAACAACUGCACAUGUGAAGCAGGGAGGCUGGUGAACUGCUCUCAAGUCAGCUGCAAUGUUGACGGCCAGUGGUCAGCAUGGACUCCCUGGGGUCAGUGUUCAGUGUCGUGCGGAGCGGGUCUCCAGUCUCGCUACAGGUUCUGUUCCAGCCCUCAGCGCUCUGGCAGUGGGCUGCCAUGUCUGGGCCCUCACAGAGAGGACAAAGUCUGCAUCGCUGCUCCAUGUGACCGUGACGGUGGCUGGGGUGAGUGGAGUAACUGGACCAAGUGUACCAAGUCAUGCGGUGGCGGGGUUCGGAGCCGGAAGAGAGAGUGCGACAGCCCAAGUCCAGAGGGGGAGGGGAACUACUGCGAGGGUCUGGGAACUGAGGUCCUCACCUGUAACACUGACCACUGUCCAGUGGCGCCAUGCUCGCAGGUCCCGGGCACAGCGUUCAGCAGCUGUGGCCCCUCCUGCCCUCGCUCCUGUGAUGACCUGGCUCACUGUGAGUGGCAGUGUGAGCCAGGCUGCUACUGCACAGAGGGAAAGGUCCUGUCUGAUAAUGGGACAGUCUGUGUCGAGAGAGAAGACUGUCCCUGCCUGGACCUCAACACUGGACACAGGCUGGAACCAGGGGAGACCACUGAAGCCCCCGAUGGAUGUAACAACUGCACGUGUGAGGGCGGGAAGCUCAACUGCACCAGAGACCCCUGUCCAGUGUCAGGUGGCUGGUGUGAGUGGUCAGAGUGGACGCCGUGCUCCAGGACGUGUGGGGCAGAGUCGGUGUCCCGCUACAGGAGCUGCGGCUGUCCUGAGCCCAAAGCUGGAGGAGCGGCCUGCUCUGGAGAACAGGAAAUACACAAUGGGGUUGGAGUUCAGAUCCAGAGACAGCCCUGCCCUGUCAUCACGUUCUGUCCAGUCCAUGGGUCGUGGAGUCCCUGGUCAGCAUGGUCUGAGUGCGAUGGGUGUGCUGGCUCAUCCACCCGCACCCGGGAGUGUAACAGUCCCCCCGCCAGGUUCGGCGGGCUGCCCUGUCUUGGAGAGAGCAGGCAGAGCCGCGGUUGCCACGACAACAUCACCGUCUGCUCAGACUGUGGAGGAGGCCAGGAAGAAUGGCCCUGUGGGAAGCCCUGCCCUCGCUCCUGCUCAGAUCUCCAUGGUGACACAGAGUGCUUGGACUCCCCUGGGUGCAGACGGACCUGCGGUUGUCCGGGUGACAUGGUCCUGCAGGAUGGAGUGUGUGUGGCCAGGGAAGAGUGUCGCUGCAAAUACCACAACAGCUCUGCCACUGUUGCAACAUCCAGCGGGUUGGAUUCCAGUAAUGCAUCAUGGGUGUGGCCUGGUGGAUCUGACUGGCAGUUUGCAAAUCCAGGAGACAGCAUUAUCAGUGACUGCAAAAACUGUUCAUGCGAGGCUGGGGUGCUGCAGUGUCAAUCAGUCCCUGGCUGCUACGUCGAUGGUGGCUGGAGCCAAUGGGGGGCCUGGACUGAGUGCUCGCUUUCUUGCGGAGGGGGAGUGAAGCUCAGGAGACGACAGUGUGAUAACCCGUCCCCGCAGAGCAGUGGGAGAGGCUGCCUGGGAGUCGCUGAGCAGAAGAAAGACUGCAACAUGCAUCUGUGCACAGACUCAGCGGGCCCGUGGCUCCCCUGGUCUAAGUGGUCUCCGUGUUCAGUCAGCUGUGGCGGUGGACAACAAUCCCGCUCUCGUGUCUGCAGCUCUCCACCCUGCAGUGGCCUCAGCCGUCAAAGCAAGACCUGCAACACCCAGGUCUGCCUCGAAGUGGGCUGCCCACCUGGCAGGUUGUACAGGGAGUGUGAACGAGGUGAGGGCUGUCCGUUCAGCUGCGCUCAGGUCAGCGGCAGAGAGGGCUGCUACUCUGAUGGCUGUGAGGAAGGCUGCCACUGCCCCCCGAACACCUACCAACAUCACGGUGUCUGCAUGCAGGAGUGUCCCUGUCUGGUGGACAAAGAGCUUCUGGCCUCUCUGCAGAGUGUUUCUGUCAUGCCGGUCACAUCUCUGCUGCUCCACAACAUCUCUGAGGGAGUGGAACUCCAGUCUGGAGACACACUGGUCCAUGACUGCAGCACCUGCGGCUGUGAACACGGCAGGUGGAACUGCUCCUUGGAGCACUGCCCGGUCGACGGCGGUCUGUCACCCUGGGGCUCCUGGAGCCCCUGCUCGCUGUCCUGCGGAGGCCUGGGAUUGAAGACUCGCUUGAGGGGCUGCACACAUCCUGCUCCAGCACAUGGAGGGAGAGACUGCCAGGGGCCACGCCAGGAAACCACUUACUGCCAGGCCCCUGACUGCCCAGUUAUCAUUGGUCCUACAGAAGAACCACUUUUACCAGACGAGGAUGCUGGCUUCUCUCGCUGGUCGUUAUGGAGCCCCUGCACUAAGACCUGCACUGAUGCUCUCAGCCCGGCCAUGAAGUCCCGUCAUCGACAGUGUAUCAGACCUCCGUGCUCUGGAAGCUCUCACCAAGAGAAGGCCUGUAACCUGCCGCAGUGUUCAGAUGGAGGCGAUGUAUGUGUGGGGCCAGACUGUGCACGGAGGAACUGCUCGUGGACAGAGUGGGGGGAAUGGAGCUCCUGUUCACGGUCCUGCGGAGUGGGUCAGCAGCAGAGGAUCCGAACCUUCCUCAGUCCCCAUACCAACGGCUCGUGGUGUGCAGACAUCUUGGGAGGAAACCUGGAGCAUCGCUUCUGUAACAUCAAGCCCUGCACAGUGGACGGAGGCUGGUCUCGCUGGAGUCCCUGGUCCCGCUGUGAUAAGCGCUGUGGUGGCGGGCGCUCCAUACGCACUCGCUCCUGCUCCAGUCCUCCGCCCAAGAACGGAGGGAAGAAGUGCCAAGGAGAGAAGAACCAGGUCAAACCCUGCAACACCAAACCCUGCGAUGAGAAAGGCUGCCCGGCGGGCCAGGAGUUCGUGCCGUGUGCCAACCAGUGUCCACAGCGCUGCGCAGACCUCCAGCAGGGCAUAGAGUGCCAGGGCAACACCGAAUGUCAGCCCGGCUGUCGCUGCCCUAAAGGCCAGUUGCAGCAGGACGGAGUGUGUGUGCAGCUGUGGCAGUGUGACUGCGUGGACUCCCUGGGACAGAUUUGGGCAGCCGGCAGUUGGCAUCAGGUGGACUGUAACAACUGCAGCUGCUCCGAUGGACAGCUCCUCUGCACCAAUCACAGCUGCCAGGCCACCUGCGUUUGGAGCUCCUGGUCCAGUUGGGCGUCGUGCAGCGUUUCCUGUGGGCAGGGCCAGAGAACCAGAUACAGGUCCCUGAUCCCAGAGACCGAAGGCGCAGACUGCCAGUUCGAAGAAGUCCAGCAUAAACCCUGCGACCCAGGACCCUGCCCACCUCUCUGUCUCCAUGACAACCAGGAGCUGAGAGUGGGGGACACCUGGCUGCAGGGGGAGUGUAAACAAUGCACAUGCACCCCAGAGGGAGAUUACUGCCAAGACAUUGACUGCAGAGUGGACGGAGGUUGGACGCCAUGGUCAGUGUGGUCUGACUGCUCAGUGACCUGUGGUCGGGGCACACAAGUUCAAACCCGCGCCUGCAUCAACCCGCCUCCACGUAACAACGGGUCUCACUGCAGCGGGCCGGACAGAGAAACACGGGACUGUCACGCUCCUCCAUGUCUGGAUGACCUUUGCCCCUGGUCACCAUGGUCACCAUGUUCCCGGAGCUGUGGCGCAGGUUCUGUGUCACGCCGCAGGGUGUGUGUGUGUGAGGAGGGAGGAGAUGCAGCGUGUCCUGCUGAGGUUGAGGCUGAGAGGAACAGAGAGGAGACCCAGCUGUGUUACAAGCAGCCCUGUCCAGGCUGUCCCAUGUCGGAGUGGAGUGUUUGGUCUCAGUGCUCCUGUGAGUCUCAGAGGCAGCAGCGCUACCGUGUAGCUCUCUCUCCAGCCACUAGGGGGCAACAGUGCACUCCUGUUGAGACACAGAGCAGGACGUGCAGUCUGAGUCAGUGUGAUGAUUGUGAAGCCCCAUUUGUGUACUCAGCAUGUGGGGCGCCUUGUGAGAAGCAGUGCGCUCUCCAGGGCCGUGGAGAUCUGUGCUUAGGCGUCAGAGAGUGUACACCGGGAUGCUACUGCCCACAGGGUCUGCUGCAGCAGAACGGUAGCUGUGUUCCUCCAGAGGAGUGUGGCUGCGUCCACCUGCAGCACCACACUUCAGGACAGCCACCCACACCUGUGUCUGUCCCUCAGGGAGCCACGGUCACCAUAGGCUGCAGUACCUGCCUUUGCCAUGACGGAACUUUGCAGUGUGACAUGAGAGAGUGUGAAGUCAUCCUCAGUGAGUGGUCAGAGUGGACUCCCUGUUCCCCCUGUGUGCCCUCCUCCUCCCUGCAGCACAGCGACUCCCAUGCAGGAGUUAUCGGUGGCAGUAAAAUGGUCUCAAUCCAGAGGCGUUUCCGGGCUUGUUUGGACCUGGAUUCUGGUCUUCCAGUCUCAAGGGAGGAAGAGGAGAGCCAAUGUCCAGGACCACUGGUAGAGGAGAGGCUCUGCCCGGAUGCUAACGUCUGCAGAGAUCUGUGUCAGUGGAGUGUCUGGAGCGCCUGGACAGCCUGUGCAGAGCCAUGCAGCGGUGGAGUCAGGCAGCGCUUCAGACGGCCCCUGGCCUCUCCUCCAGGACCCCGCUGUAAGAGCCAACAGACACAGAGCCAGAGCUGCAACACAGGACUCUGCCCAGGUGAGCGCUGUGAGGACAGGGGGCGGACCUACCAAGAGAGCUGUGCCAAUCAAUGUCCUCGCAGCUGCACUGAUUUAUGGGAGCAUGUGCAGUGUCUCCAGGGAGCCUGUCAUCCUGGUUGCCGGUGUCCGCAGGGACAGCUGCUGCAGGACGGCCACUGUGUGCCAGUGACAGAGUGUCGCUGUGGUAUCCCAUCUGGCAACGGGACGCUGGAGUUCGUCCCUAAAGAGGAGCUUUCCAUGGACUGUAACACCUGUGUGUGUGAAAAUGGGACUCUGGCGUGCACUCAGCUCCCCUGCCCGGUUUAUGAACCCUGGAGCCCAUGGAGCUCCUGCUCAGUCUCCUGUGGGCGUGGCCACAUGACAAGGACACGCCUUUGUCAGGACGCAGAGGGAGGCCCUUCCUGUGCUGACAUCAUGCAGACAGAGAGCUGUGAUCUGCCAUCGUGUCCAGUGGGAUGUUUGUUGAGUGAGUGGUCACCCUGGAGUGAGUGCAGCGCCACGUGUGGCGGCGGGGUGUCUUUGCGGAACAAGACGGUCCUGAGGGAGCCUGAGCCUGGUGGGAUGGCCUGUGUUGGACCACUUGAACAGCACACUGUCUGUAACACCAACAGCUGCCUGCCUGAGUGUCCCAGCGGGCAGGUGUUUAGUGACUGUUCAGGUUCGUGUCCACAUACCUGUGAGGACCUGUGGCCACACACUCAGUGUUUACCUGUACCCUGCACCCCUGGGUGCACCUGCUCUCCUGGACAGGUGUUGCACAAAGGCUCCUGUGUGUCCUCCGCUGACUGUCCCUGCUCGCCACUGUCCCUCCCAACUGGUUACCACAGCUGGAAUAUCAGCAGCGAGGAGAUCACCGAGGCUCAGCUGCCACCUGGAACGGCCAUCCAGCACCUCUGCAACACAUGUGUGUGCCAAGGAGGAGUGUUCAACUGUACCACCGAGCGGUGUGAUGUGGACUGUGGGUGGUCCAGCUGGUCCCAGUGGAGUCUGUGCUCUGCAAGCUGUGGUACAGGGCAACAGAGCUCCACCAGAACCAUCCUGCAGCCCAGCCAGUACGGAGGGGUUCCAUGUGAGGGCCCCGAGCACCGCACAAUGACCUGCAUGGCCCCUGACUGUGCGUGUCCUGAUGGGGAGCAGUGGAGGAGGAGCACUUCGGAGGAGGUCCCGCUGUGCGAGAGAAGCUGCGAGGACAUUUACUCUUCCUCCCCCGUCAACUGCAGCCGCUCCGCUGAGGGCUGCGUGUGUCAGGAGGGGCUUUACCGCAACACCGGGGGCGUGUGUGUCAUCGCCGCCCUCUGCCCCUGCCAUGACCAGGGCAUCCUGCGAGAGGCAGGAUCAGAGUGGGAGGAGGGCUGCCUGUCAUGUCGCUGUGUGAACGGGAAAAAACUGUGCCAGUUAAGAUGCCCGCCACUCGACUGUGACGAGGGGGAGGUCAAGGUGGAGGAGCCAGGCAGCUGCUGUCCGGUCUGUAGGAAGCAGUUUCCAGGCGAGCCCGAGCCAGAGUGUCGUCGCUACGUGCAGGUCAGGAACAUCACCAAGGGAGACUGCCGGCUUGACAACGUCGAGGUCAGCUUCUGCAGGGGACGCUGUCUGUCCAGGACUGAUGUCAUCCUGGAGGAGCCCUACCUCCAGUCAGUGUGCGAGUGCUGUAGUUACCGUUUGGACCCUGACAACCCGGUCCGUUUCCUCAGCCUGCAGUGUGAGAGCGGCGAGAGCGAGCCGGUCGUCCUGCCCGUCAUACACAGCUGCGAAUGCACCAGCUGCCAAGGAGGUGACCUGUCCAGACGCUGAGCAAGUAUGUUGAGUGUGUCUGUGAGCUGAGUGUGUGAGCGUGUGUGUGUGAAUGAGAGUAUGCACUAGAGAGAGCAAGAGCAGCUGAGAGCCAGCCGGGUAAUGGAUGGAGAAUUUUGGGAAGGACGGAUCCAUGGAUGGACGGAGGAGUGGAAAAAUCCAGAAGUCCUGGGACCCUGUCGAUGUACACAUUGUUCUGUAGUCCUUAGUCAUCAUAUGACUGGAUGCUACUGCUGAUUGUAGAGUUCCUGUUCUGAGACUUUAAGGUUUAUUCUUCAGCCUGUACAGCCUGUUUUUCUACUGUAUAUUUAUAGUAACAUUAAAGGACCUAUGAUACAAUCCAAGUACGACCUAUUAUUAUGCUUUUAAAUAUGUUUCAUUUGUAUGUUGUAAGAAAAUGUUUAUGUUCCUGCAGUUGUCUUGAAGUUUACAGUAACUGGUUAGAUGUUUUUACAUGUUGGAGGUCACAGUACAGUUCCA